CCGACGCAGGCGCACUGCGCCGCGCCGCCGCCAUUUUGUGUCCGAGGCUGUGGAGCGAUUAAACCGUGCGCGGAGCUGCCUGUUUCCGAGCGGCGGUGGCGGCGGCUGGCGGCUGGGAGGCCGGAGCGGGCCGGACGGCGGCCGGGACGGCCGGAGCGGGCCGGGCAGGCGAAGGAGCGGGCGCCGCGGGGGGGUGUGGCGCGGCGCGGCGCGGAGAAUGAAUGUUGAUCUUCAUCAGAGGGUCAAGAUGUUGUAGUGAACCAAUCAUCGAGGACUUGGAGUCAAGAAACCUGGAUACUGUUCCCUUUCUACAAGCUGACUUUGCAGGCACGGAAAGAUAUGCUUUGUCUCUAUCUACGAUAAAGCCAGAAUAAGAAGGAAUGGGUAAAAUUGCAGUCUCAAAGUAUUUUUGAAGAAUUUUCCUAACAAUGAAUUAAAUGUUGGAACGGGUUACUGAGGAAGGGAAGGAAAAUGGAAGGUGAGGCGGUUGAAGCAAUCAUGGAGGAGUCUGAAACCUUCAUCAAAGGAAAAGAGAGAAAAACGUAUCAGAGACGCCGGGAAGGGGGCCAGGAUGAGGAUACUUGCCAUAUAUCACAGACCCAGGCGGAUGGGAAUGAAGUGGUUCAGGAGGUAAACAGCAGUGUCCAGAUGGUCAUGAUGGAGCAGCUGGAUCCUACCCUACUUCAGAUGAAGACUGAAGUCAUGGAGGGUACCGUACCUCAGGAAGCUGAUGCCACUGUGGAUGACACGCAAAUAAUAACACUUCAAGUUGUUAAUAUGGAAGAACAACCUAUAAACCUUGGGGAACUUCAGCUUGUUCAGGUCCCUGUACCAGUAACGGUGCCUGUGGCCACCACUUCUGUAGAAGAACUGCAGGGGGCUUAUGAAAAUGAGGUCUCUAAAGAAGGCCUGCCUGAAGGCGAGCCCAUGAUUUGUCACACGUUACCUUUGCCUGAAGGUUUCCAGGUGGUAAAAGUAGGUGCCAAUGGUGAGGUUGAAACAUUAGAGCAAGGGGAGCUGCAGCCCCAGGAAGAUCCCAAUUGGCAGAAAGACCCAGACUAUCAGCCACCUGCCAAAAAGACAAAAAAAACCAAAAAGAGCAAACUUCGUUACACAGAGGAGGGCAAAGAUGUGGAUGUUUCUGUGUAUGACUUUGAGGAAGAGCAACAAGAGGGUUUAUUAUCAGAGGUCAACGCAGAGAAGGUUGUUGGUAACAUGAAGCCUCCAAAGCCAACAAAAAUAAAAAAGAAAGGUGUGAAAAAGACAUUCCAGUGUGAGCUUUGCAGUUAUACGUGUCCACGACGUUCAAAUUUGGAUCGACACAUGAAAAGUCAUACGGAUGAAAGACCACAUAAGUGCCAUCUCUGUGGCAGAGCUUUCCGCACAGUCACCUUGCUGAGGAACCACCUAAAUACUCACACAGGUACUCGUCCUCAUAAGUGCCCCGACUGCGACAUGGCCUUUGUAACCAGUGGAGAAUUAGUGCGGCAUCGACGCUAUAAACAUACCCAUGAGAAACCCUUCAAGUGUUCCAUGUGUGAUUAUGCUAGUGUUGAGGUCAGCAAGUUGAAACGUCACAUUCGCUCUCACACUGGAGAGCGUCCAUUCCAGUGUAGCUUGUGCAGUUACGCCAGCAGGGACACAUACAAGCUGAAAAGACACAUGAGAACCCAUUCCGGUGAAAAGCCGUAUGAAUGUUAUAUUUGUCAUGCUCGCUUUACCCAGAGUGGCACAAUGAAAAUGCACAUCUUACAGAAGCACACAGAGAAUGUGGCCAAAUUUCACUGUCCACAUUGUGACACUGUCAUAGCCAGAAAAAGUGAUUUGGGUGUCCAUUUGCGAAAGCAGCAUUCCUACAUCGAGCAGGGCAAGAAAUGUCGUUAUUGUGAUGCUGUGUUUCAUGAGCGGUAUGCCCUAAUUCAGCAUCAAAAAUCCCACAAAAAUGAGAAGCGUUUCAAGUGUGACCAGUGCGACUAUGCAUGCAGACAGGAGCGGCACAUGAUAAUGCACAAACGAACGCACACUGGAGAGAAGCCCUAUGCCUGUAGUCACUGCGACAAGACCUUUCGCCAGAAACAGCUUCUGGACAUGCAUUUCAAACGCUAUCAUGACCCCAACUUUGUCCCUGCUGCUUUUGUCUGUUCCAAGUGCGGUAAAACAUUUACACGCCGGAACACGAUGGCGAGGCACGCUGACAAUUGUACUGGUCUAGAUGGCAUCGACGGAGAAAAUGGAGGUGAAACCAAGAAGGGCAAGCGUGGGAGGAAAAGAAAGAUGCGCUCCAAAAAAGAGGAGUCCUCCGAUAGUGAAGAAAAUGCUGAACCAGAUCUGGAUGACAAUGAGGAUGAGGAAGAAACUGCUGUUGAAAUUGAAGCCGAACCAGAAGUUCAGCCUGUGACUCCAGCCCCACCGCCGGCCAAAAAGCGAAGAGGGAGGCCACCGGGCAAGGCCAGCCAGCCCAAGCAAGCCCAGCCUACAGCAAUCAUUCAGGUUGAAGACCAGAACACUGGUGCAAUUGAAAACAUUAUAGUGGAAGUCAAAAAAGAGCCUGAUGCAGAAACAGUAGAAGGUGAAGAAGAAGAGCCCCAGUCAGCUGUGGUGGAAGCUCCCAAUGGAGAUCUCACUCCAGAGAUGAUUCUGAGCAUGAUGGACCGGUGAUGGAGGAAGGCUCUGCCGACUGAACUGGCCUGGGCUGUGUUUAAACGGCUCAAUCUUACUUUUUUCUUUUUCCUUUGUUUUCUUGGCUUUGGGAAAUGCAUCAUUUUAGACCAUUUUACCAAACAUACUGGGAACUUAAACUUCAAAGAUUAUGGUAGAAAAUGUGAUUUAACUAGAACUUGCUGUUUGAUGUUAGCAUUGCAGAUCAUGGAACGUUAGAAUACACACUGAGUCCUUGAGGGGGUUGGCGAUGAAAUUUGAGAUCAACAUUGCAGUGAUGGUCCAAAGACCAUGUUUACAUGUAACCAGUUUUGAUAGAUGGAAAUGGAAACAUUGAAGCCCUUCACUGAAGCCCUUAUGGUAAACCACUCCGGAAUUGCCACCAAGGUUUCCCAAAGUUCUACGCCCCCUUCCUAGAAGAGUUUUUAAUUGUAAAUGCAGACUUGGGAGGGCCCUAGACUUUUAAACCAUUUUUAUUUUUGCUUUUUCCCUGACUCCCUAUGGCUUGGAGUUAGCUGCACACCAGUAAUAUGGCAUGCUAUGAUUGAUUUCUGUGCUGAACACUUUGCUGCUUUCUUAGCAAAGCAUCUGUUAUGGUCAAGCUUGUAAAUACCUGGUUUUUGUUUUUGUUUUUUUGUUUUUGUUUUGUUUUUGGUUUUUUUUUUUUUUUACAUUUUAAUCUUUUCCAUUAAUUGAGAGGUUGGAAAGAAGUGCAGUUUAAGAAGCCCAGCAUUUUAAUUAACUUACAAAUUAAGUUACAACAGACUCAAUAGUAUGUAAAUGUUGGAAAAAAAAUUAAUGGAUCACAAUCACGUAGAAGAAGGUACCCAGACUAUUGCUUGCUGGAUAAUGGGAGUCCACGUGGAACGUUUUUUAUUCCAAGCACAUGGAACUGGCAUUGGAACCUUGUAUAAUUAACUGUUAUGAUUUCACAUCUCUACAUUUUCUUUGCUCUGUUUUUUAGCUGUAUUUUUGUGUUUUACAAAUCCUCUGUUAAGGCAAAAACAGCGGUUUUAAGUGGGUCAUGGUAGCCCUUGAAAAACCUGGGCCAGGAAAUUUCUCUAGGUCAGUAAUUUAAAUUUUGGAUCUUAAAAAGAAACAAUAAUGUGAAACAAACACAACUUUCAAAACAAAUGAUGCUUGUAUAUGGACUGUCAUGUUAAAAAUGUAAGCUUUUUAUAGAGUCUUGCUGAUUUCAAACAAAUUUUUCUUCUAUGUAUCGCUUUUAAGGAAGGCUAUGAGUAUAGCUAUCAGACUCUAGGUUGAUGCAUUUUUGUACUUCGCUGUACUGUGUGAUAUUUUUCAUUAUUUUAGAAGGCCAACAUGAGAACUGUAAUAAAAUAUGUAAUGGGGGUUUGAAAGCUGGGAAGGUGAAUUAUACUGCUGUACAGCUAAUAAAUAAUAAUGGAUUAACAUGUGCUCUA